AUGUUCCUCCUCCAGGCCCUGGGCUCCAACGGCUCCGGACAACUCGGUCUCGGCCACCAAGACGAUGUCUCAACCCCGCAACCCGUCACCCUCCCGUCAUCGCUCACCACCGCCGGUAUCAAGCCCACCCAAAUAGCCGCAGGCGGCAACCACACCCUCCUCCUCCUCUCCUCCGGCACGCUCCUCAGCGCAGGCGACACCGCCAGCGGCGCAUGCGGCCGACUCCUCCCCCCUUCAUCCUCCCCAACCACUGUCUCCCCAUCCUUCCACCCCGUCGACCUGCCUUCGCCCCUCUUCCUGACCGACGGCGACGGCGGCGGCGGCGGUGACACCAAGAUCACCCACAUCGCCGCAACCUGGGAAGCAAGCGUGCUCGUCGUCACCACCACCACCAGCAGCACCACCGGCAGCAACACCAGCAGCACCACCAGCAACACCACCACCACCAGCAUCAACCCCCCAACCAAAACCAGCAAAGUCUAUACCUUCGGCACAGGCAGCAAAGGCGAGCUGGGCCUCGGGCCCGGCACGCCCCACACAUCCACUCCAACCGCAAUCCCCAACUUCCCGCCGGCCGGCACCCACGUGGUCGACCUGGCCGCGUGCAUGGGCCACGCGGUGGCGGUGCUCAGCAACGGCGAGGCAUGGGGGUGGGGCAGCGGGCGGAAGGGGCAGCUCGGGACGCUGCCGGCGCCAGCGGGGGCCACGGGCGGGGUGGUGUGGGCGCCGCGGCGGAUCGAGGGGGUGGGGUUCGCCGUCGCGCGGGCGGUGUGCGGGCGGGAGUUUACGUGUCUGUUUGGCGGGCGCGAGACGGGGGAGAUGGUGGUGCUGGGGUCGGAUAAGUGGGGGGUGCGGACGCGGGCACCGGCGGCGGGGGUCCUGGCCGGGUGGAGGGAGGUCGGGGCCGGAUGGGGGAGCGUGUUUGUGUUGAGGGCGGAUGGGAGGUUGGUCAGUUGGGGGAGGGAUGAUCAUGGGCAGAUGGCGCCGGAGGAUUUGGGGCCGGUCAGGCGUGUGGCUGUGGGCAGUGAGCACGCGCUGGCGCUGACGGAGGCUGGGGAUGUCGUGGCUUGGGGUUGGGGUGAGCAUGGAAAUUGCGGGCCAAUCCGCCAGUGCGAAGGGGAGAAGGGGCAGAGGAACCGGAUCGCGGCGGCGGGGGAAGGAACGGAAAUCACCAUGAUCGGCGCCGGUUGUGCAACGACUUGGCUUGUUACGGAGGGGGAGUCAGCCUAA